AUGGAGAAACGCAAACCGGCGGGACUGCUGGCUCUGCCGUCCCCGCUACGGACGCCGCCGCUGGGCGCGCUGCCCCGGAGGGAGCCCGGCAGGACCUCCGCGCGCCUGGCCGCCGAGGACAGCGCGCGGAGGCCGCCCUGCCCGUCCUUGUCGCUGGGGGGCGUCGGCGAGCCCGCCUCUCUGCGCCAGCGCAACGAGCGCGAGCGGCAGCGCGUGCGCUGCGUGAACGAGGGCUACGCGCGCCUCCGCCAGCACCUGCCGCGCGAGCUGGCCGGCCCGCGGCUCAGCAAGGUGGAGACGCUGCGCGCCGCCAUCAGCUACAUCAAUCACCUGCAGGAGCUGCUGGAGCGCCACCGGCGGGACUGCAACAGCGACGGCGAGUCCAAAGCGUCCUCCGGGGCCUCGCCCUGCAGCGAGCCGGAGGAGCGCGGCUAGCAGGGCCCUUGCCCUCCAGGUUUUCAUGGUAACCGGUUUCUUCUCUGGCCCCAAAGCUUAAGAAUUAAGUGCUUCUGGAAUGGGGAAGAGGGUGUUUUAAUGUUUGGAGAUUAUCCCCCUUCCACAUUUGUCGGUUCCGAACCUGCAACUUAGGAAUGCUUGAGGAAACUUGUUUCUUCUGAAAUACACAAGGACCGUCCCAGAUCGAUGUGGUGAUUUUAAAAACACAAAGGGCUGUAACAGUUAAACCUUAGCCAGAGAAGAAAACCACGCGCGUAUACACACACACACACACACACACACACACACACACACACACGGGCAGUCCUUCAUGUGAGAGGAACAUUCUCGCGCAUUUCUUCCCUUUGGGACUUUACUGGAAAUGCCAUCGCCCCACUCUGGGUGAAGGUGGCUAAGAUGACCUCCAUAACAACAUCUCUGGAGAAUAUGCUAGACCUGAACGUAGGCUUGCUGACUGUGAAUGGCCAUGCUAAAAAUAAAAAGGACGUUAUUGUUUGAUAUAUACUGCUCUGCGGCAAGAAGUCGUUUGGAAACUUUAACAGGUGAUAAAGUGUCUCGAUGUUAAUAAUCUUUUUGGAGCUCUAGACGGCCACCUUCCCUCUUCGUUUCUCCCCACUGUUUCUCUUGCUCCUUCUUUGCAUAGUCUGUAAAAUUUUCACCCCGUUGAAUUUUCUGUUGGAAAAUUGGCACUGAUUUGAAAAAUAAAAAGCAAAUAUGCUUUGUUUCGAUGUUUGAGCUAAA